AUGGCCAACUCGAUCUACUCUGUCGAUGGGGGACAUGCUAGAUUACCGCUUCAGCCUUCCAGUCGCUCCAUCAACACCUCCACGAGCACAAGAACGGACAUACCAAAGGCUCUAAUGCCUGGAGUACGGCGCCAUUUCUCGGUCGACCAUUCUAACUUUCCGCCUACUCAGUCUAUACAAUCUAUACCAUUCGCCUCGCCAGUCCAAACUACAGCACCUGCGAAAUCUACACGAAGUGAACGCCAUCGCACAUUACCCGCGUAUCCCAUCUCAAGACCCGACGCGGUACCUGUGCCUCCAGUUCCGGCUACGAUAGCGCCAUCAACCACAUCAACCCUCGCCGUAUCGUCUAACUCGGCCGGCAGCAUCCACACGGACAGCUCAACCGGGUCCGCGCACCUACGCAUCGGCCUGGCGCUUUCAGGUGGGCCUGAAGAAGGGGCAGAAAGUGACGAAGAAGACCCCUUUCACUUCGAUCAACGUAUGAAGGCGCCAGCAGCUCCUCGUUCUGCUACUGCGCCUCAGGCGGAUCGUCCGACGAUGCCAGUACGCGCCAAUACAGAACCCGCCGCACGGCCUCGACCUCGCACCUCCGAGAUUGCACGUUCACUCAUGAACCGUGCUAGUAUCGCUCCGCUCCCUUCGGCCACAACGUCGUCGACAUCUUCUUCCUCCGCGUCUUCUGCUGGCUAUAGCAGUACAUCCACUUCGGGCAGUCGCUUCAGCCUGAUGCGCACACAGACCGAAGACGGCGAUAUGGUCAUACAAGAAGUGGAAGACGACGAGGGCAGGCGAUGGAGUCUGAGUGUGCCCGCAGAUGGAUUGCCAGAGGACAUGCUGCGCAUGCUGGAGGAGCUGGAGAGCUUGGCGCGCGAGUUGACCGCCGUCUUGCCUCGCAUUGUCGUUACGCAGUCUGCUCAAUCCUUGGGCGUUUCGACGGCGGCAUUCCCGGUUAUGGAACCGACAUCCUCUCAACAAGCCGUCAGUUCUCCAUCAGCUACCGAGGAUACGCCAGUACCAGUGCAGCCCCAGUCCUUCCCUACUUGGGACUCUUCGCCUGCUGAAAGUGCGUUCUCUCUGCCGCCGCUGUCCUUACCAGAGGAUACAUAUGCACCUUCCGCGGAGCUCUCGUCCCUCAUGAACUUGCUUUCUCUACCUCCUCCUGCCAGCCCGCUGUCCGGUAUACUCGACGGCUCUUUCGCGGAGGAGCCGCAGACCAUGAGCAAGGAUGAACGGGGCGAGGCCGUGACCUCCACCAGUAUCGGCAAUACGAAGGGGAAGGACAGGAUGCUCGUUCCGCUGGACGAGAGCCCAUGCCCAGUUGAUGGGGUUGCGCAAGAUAGGCUUGGUUCUGUCGUUCGUGCCAGUUCGUCCGACACACAGGCAAAGACCCCUAGACUUCCUCCGGGCCUGGUGGAGACUCCAAAACCCUUGAAGGAGGUGCACGGAGAGGUCAAGGCGAGUCCCCUACCGCCUAUUGCUCAGGCGGCACUCCCGACGGAUCCAUCAAUGCACUGCAUCUACCUUCCGGACAUGGCGCCCGAGUUUCUCACAGGCAGCUCAACAUCGCCCAUCGCCGAACCGGCUGAAGGCUUCCACUCGCCUGGACGACCUAUGCUUACUGCACGUCAGCGCGCCAAGACGCUCUCGCACGCUAGUCCACGUAGCGCGGCCUUCUUCGCUGCUUUGGACGAGGCAGCAACAGCUCGCGCGUCUAGCGCACCAGGACCAGGUCGCUCAAUCGUCUCCCCACCAGCAGUUCAUCGUGCGUACAGCGCGUCUCCUGUCAAAGCGCACCCCGCAUACCCCGUGCCAGAGCCCGCGGUGCAUCCGCUCGAGCAACGUCGCGCUCGCGGCAAAUCUCUGCUGCAGUUGCGCUCAAAGAGCUCCAAGGUCUCCCUGCGCGCGCAUACGCCCGACCCGGACCCUUCCCUUGGCGCACCGCAGAUGCCUGCGUACAAGUGGAGCUCUUCAAACGCUGUACGGGACCUUGCCGCUGCACAACAAGCCGCUCUGCUCAAGGAGAAGGAGAAAGAGAAAGGUGGAGGGUUCAAGGCGUUGUUCAGGAGCAAGACGUCGCGCAGUAUAUCCGAGCCUCCGCCAUACCAUCCACCACCUCACAAGGCGGGAGGGAACAAGACGCGCCACGGCAGCGAAGAGCCAUCGUUGCCGCCAAUGCCACCUAUGCCUCGGGAGCCGUCGCCAUCGACCGAAGGCCGACGCCUCGUGCGUAUGCCCAGUGCUCGGGACUUGUUCAAGAAGAUGAAGUAG